CCUAAUAGCACUCUUUCCACGGGGGACAAAAAAAAUAUUCCUCAUGAAACUGCAGGUUAAAUUUGUUAUAUUCGAUGAGCGAUUGCGAACAAUACACGAUUAAUAUUUUAGUACUUUGGGGGCUUUUAUUUUGCAUCGAAGGGUCGGCCAUCUGGCUCGUGCGCGUGACGUCAAUCCCAGCCCCGCCUCUCUACUUUGGCCUCCACAGAAAGCUCUGCAGUCCACGGACUGAACCACGUUUGAGUAGGAAAAAAGGAACGAAUCUAAUAAAGCGUGUUUAACUCCUUGAACUUGUGUUUAUUGAGCAAAAAUGUUAUUAUUCUAUAUAUUGGUGAUGAUUUACGAGUUAUUUUGGUCCACCUUUUGCUCUUAAACAUCGGGGGACAUUUCUAGCGACUCGCAGAACUCCCCUCCGCUCAUUCGCCCAAGUGGUACGCCCCGUAUAGUUGCCAUGUUGGAUGGCCGCAUCACUGCUGCGGCGACUGCACUUUUAACGAUGAAACUCUCGCCUUUCCUCAUCUAAAUAAAGGGACCAGAGACGAUUGUGUAUCUUAUUCUAUACCAUAGAGGGGAAUUCGGUCGUUUGGUGAAGGAAGUUUGUCCGAGAAGACACGCCCGGUCCUUGGCCGCCCUCCAAAGUCAACCAAGCCUGCCCGCAAAUCGGCGGCGAUGAUCCGGCUGAUGGAGGCCACGACGCCCGCAGCCCGCAUGGACGACGUCGUGUAAAUUUGCUGUUUUUUUAGCCCCCUUUUUUUGUUGUUGUUUUUAUUUGGCGGGGGGGGGGGUGUACUACUUGCGCGUCCUUUUUUGCGGGGCCUCCACAUACAAGAGUGCCAUGAACAGCCACCCGCUGCCUCGCCGGGUCGCGAACGUGGGCUCCCUGCUGCUGACCCCGCAGGAGAACGACUGUCUGUUCGGCUACCUGGGCAGGAAAUGCGCGACGUUGUGUUCGGCGGUGGUUCAGGUGUACGCCGCCGACCGGGUGUGCGGCUGGCUGAAGAAAUGCUGCGGGGUGGCGUGCCUGGUCAAAGACAACCCGCAGCGGUCCUACUUCAUCCGCGUCUUUGACAUCAAGGAGGGGAAAACCAUGUUUGAGCAGGAGCUGUACCACAACUUCUCCAUCAGCUGCGCCAGGUCCUACUUCAUCGCCUUUGUAGGGGACACCAACCAGAUCGGGUUGAACUUUGCCAGCGAAGAAGAAGCCAAACGCUUCCGCGUCUCCGUCAACGAGCUGCUGGCGCGAAGGCAACAACGCAAGACUGAGAAAAACGGUGUGUCGAACAAUGGCCCCACACUUCAUAUCGCCACGGUGGACAUCAAGAACCCGGAGAUCAACAACGCGCGCCUGCUCAACUCCCUCGGCUCGCAGUACCACGUCAACAACGUGCCGAUUCACAGGAAGGACAAGAAGAGCAAAGUCAAGAAGAAGAAGCUGACCAAGGCCGACAUCGGCACGCCCAGCAACUUCCAGCACAUCGGUCACGUGGGCUGGGAUCCCAACACGGGUUUCGACCUGAACAAUUUGGACCCGGAGCUGAAGAACCUCUUUGACAUGUGCGGCAUCUCAGAGGCUCAGUUGAAGGACAGAGAAACCUCCAAGGUCAUCUACGACUUCAUCGAGAAGAAAGGGGGAGUGGAGGCGGUCAAGAACGAGCUCAGGAGGCAGGCGCCUCCUCCACCCCCCUCUCGGGGCGGCCCUCCUCCUCCUCCUCCCCCGCCCCCACACAGCAACGGCGUACGGGACGCCGCGCCCCGUUCGCCGCUCCCUGUCGGGAAGUCGGCGCUCCUGGAGCAGAUUCGGGGCGGCGCCCAGCUGAAGAAGGUGGAGCAGAACCACAGGGAGCCGCCCGUCGGCGGCGGCGGCGGCCGGGACGCCCUGCUGGACCAGAUUCGACAGGGCAUCCAACUCAAGACGGUGUCGGAUCAUCAGGAGCCCGGCCCCCCAACGUCGGCGCCCACCGCGGGCAUCGUGGGCGCCCUCAUGGAAGUCAUGCAGAAGAGGAGCAAAGCCAUCCACUCUUCAGACGACGAGGAUGACGAUGACGAGGAAGAAGACUUUGAGGAGGACGACGAGUGGGACGACUGAAAACCAAACAAAAAAACUCUCCCCCGAGUGGACUCCAGCUGUACAUAUAUUGCGUGUAUUUAUUUGGACUCGUUUGCAUUUUUAAUUUAUUGUCAUUCCUGUGCGAGUCGCCGCCCUGUGCUCCCAUUGUGACAGUUUGGCAGCCAUCUUGAGAACAAACGCACUUCCUCCAUUGUGAAGACAUUUCAACUUUUUUUUUUUUGUAUGCGUUGGUUUUUCUUACAAUGUUUUCCCGCCUGCAGAGUCUAACCCGUCUGAUUUUCCUUCACCGAGACCAAAAUGCGACUUUUUCAUGAGUUUUGUCAUGGAAGAUGUGACUGAAGCGUUCAUUUGCACAAGCUUUGUUUGUUUUCCCCGCAAAGUUCCACAGUGACCGUUCAAAAGCUCGCGGCCACUGACGGUCUGUUCAGAAUUUGCCGCGCCGUUCCUCCGCCCGCCCUCUCGCGUCCGAUCGGUCGCUCAGGCGCGCGGUGGCGCUCUUAUGCAACACAAAUAACAGUGAACCAAAACGUAGAGAGUCACGGGGCUUUGGACUGUUUU